UAUCAAAAAUAUGAUUGUAUACAGUUGUAUAAUAUAUAUAUUUUUAGGUGAUAUAACACAGAAAGGAUAUGAUAAGAAAAAACAGAAGUUACUGGCACCCUACAAACAGGCAUCAAAACCCCCAGAUGUCUCCAGUCCAAACAGUGAGCCCAGUCCACAGACAUCAGCCCAGAGAAAAGCCCAACGUAGACUGACAAGGGAAGACAAUCGCUAUCAUUCAGAGAUUCGCACGGAGGCUGUAAUGCAGGCCCUUGCGGCUCACAGUAAGAAAAUCCCAGUCAUGCCCUUACCCUCCAAGAGAACGUCAGUAAAUUAUCAUGGUCAACAGAGACAGAGAGACAGUCGGCAAGAGUCCUCCUCAGAUGAUGAUAGUAUAUAUGAUGAAGAGGCCAACAGAAAUUUCCACCGAGGGGCACGAUCACGAGACAGCGGGGCAAGUUCUUCAUCCUCCUUUUCUGAUGUCAGUGCCUCACCCCGUCACUCGGAGAGACCAAGGAGUGCCGCAUAUGUUAAAUAUCAGAUUCCUGGAAACACGUCGCGUCAGGCGCUAGCUGAUGUGAUGCAGAGUGCCAGACAUUCCCAGCAUAUAUCGCAGCCACCAGAUGUAACCAACAACGCCAAAAGUAGCCGGCAAGCUGACAGGGUCGGUAGAGGUGUACCGUCGGUCCGGGUUGCUGGGAACGUAGGAAUGGACCUUGACAGUGACUCACCAAGACAUCAAGGAAAAGUGGCAGCUAAGAUUCAACAAUUAAUGAACACAUUAAAGAGACCAAAGAGAAAACCCUUGACAGAAUAUUUUGUAGAAGAAGACGACGCUUUAGAAUGCGAAGAAGGAACUGCUCCACCUGCCGACCCUAAUGCUCCAAAACCAGAGGGCAGCACCUUAACACCAGUCCCUGGCGAUCCACUUGUGGUACCGUCAGGUUUACCUCGCAAUUUAGAGGCAGCUCUACACAGAUAUGGAUCCUCCACAUAUAAAGCCCUGGCCGUAACAGUGUUAGAUCAGAACGGGAAACCAACAGUUAAUCUCACAUAUGGAAAAUUAUUAAGUAAGACGCAAAAAAUAGCGUAUAACUUGCUGAAUAAAGUAGGUCAGAAAGGAGAAGUGCCGAUUAAACCAGGAGACAGGGUAGCAUUAGUGUAUCCAAACAAUGAUCCCAUAUCAUUUAUCAACGGGUUUUAUGGUUGUCUAAUGGCUGGAGUCGUACUAGUACCGGUCGAAGUACCAACAUCACGACGGGAUGCUGGAGGACAGGGUGUAGGUUUUAUGUUGGGAAGUCUAAAUGUAUGCCACGCCCUCACAUCAGAAGCUUGUCUUAAAGGCCUCAGUAAAACUGCCAAUGGUGAUGUUGUCACAUUUAGAGGAUGGCCACGUUUAAGUUGGUUAUCUACAGACAGCAUGUCCAAACUUCCAAAAGACUGGCAACCACCACCUAAAACCUCUGAGGAUGUUCCGGCGUAUGUGGAGUAUACGACGGGGAAAGACGGAAGUACUGUUGGUGUUACAGUGACGAGAAGGGGGGCUUUUUGUCAUUGUCAAACUUUAACUGUAGCUUGUAAUUAUACUGAAGGUGAAGUAAUGGUGUGUGUAUUAGAUUUUAAACGUGAUGUCGGCCUAUGGCAUGGUAUUUUAUGUAGUGUAUUUAAUGGUAUGCAUGUAAUAUUUAUUCCUUAUUCUUUGAUGAAAGUUGAUCCUGCCUCAUGGAUGAAAAUGAUCACAAAAUAUAAAGCCUCUUGUGCGAUAGUAAAAUCACGAGAUAUGCACUGGGGCUUAUUAGCUCAGAAAGACCACAAAGAUGUUAACUUCAGCUCACUGAGAUUACUGCUUGUUGCUGACGGCGCAAAUCCAUGGUCAUUAACAUCGUGUGAUGCAUUCCUAAAUGCCUUUCAAGCGAAGGGUUUGAAGCCAGAGGCUAUAUGUCCCUGUGCUAGUAGUUCAGAAGCCCUGACUGUCUCUGUUAGAAGGCCAGGCAGAACAAGUUCAAGUGCUACAGGGAGGGGUAUACUAUCUAUGCAGGGUCUAAGCUAUGGUGUGGUACGAGUGGACAGUGAAAACAGUUUAACAUCCCUUACAUUACAGGACUGUGGCCAAGUCAUGCCUGGUGCUGUAAUGAUAGUGGUGAAGAUAGAAGGCUCUCCAUACCUCUGUAAGACAGACGAAGUGGGCGAGUUGUGUGUCUGUGCCGGCUAUGCUGGAAUACAGUACUGGGGCCUGCAGGGAAUCACUGUAAAUACAUUCCAGGUUCAACCUUUACAAAGUGAUGGGAGACCUGCUGCAGGUGAUAAGACAUAUGUUAGAACAGGGUUACUUGGCUUUCUUGGUCCAGGUGGUCUUGUAUUUGUAUGUGGCAGUAAGGAAGGUUUAAUGCAGAUCUCAAAUAGACGGCAUAACACUGAUGACAUUAUCGCCACGGUGCUAGCUGUAGAACCUAUGAAGUUUAUAUACAGAGGAAGAAUUGCAGUGUUUUCUAUAGAAGUGCUAAAAGAUGAACGAAUUGUGAUAAUAGCAGAACAGCGUCCGGACUGUCCGGAGGAGGAGAGCUUUCAGUGGAUGUCGAGAGUUCUACAGGCUGUCGACAGCAUACAUCAAGUCGGUGUCUUCUGUCUGGCUCUAGUCCCACCUAAUUAUCUUCCAAAGACACCAUUGGGAGGUAUCCAUUUACACGAAACUCGGAAAAAAUUUCUUGAGGGUUCAUUACAUCCAGCCAAUGUGUUAAUGUGCCCUCACACGUGUGUGACAAACCUGCCAAAACCUAGAGAACACAGGCCGGACAGGGACGUAACUCCGUCAGCUGUACACGUAGGAAACAUUGUACAGGGAGCUCGUAUGGCAUGGGCUCAGGGGAGAGAACUCAAUAUGGCCGACGAAGAAGGUGAUGGAUCAAGAAAGGUACAGAUACAGCUUUCCAUGUCAUGUUCACAGCUACAUAAGCGAGCUGAAAGGAUCGGAUGUUUGUUGAUGGAGAAAGGACGUCUCAACACAGGGGACCAUGUAGCCCUUCUCUACCCACCAGGGAUAGAAUUAAUAGCAGCUUUUUAUGGCUGUCUGUAUGUUGGUUGUGUUCCCGUGACGAUUCGACCACCCCACCCGCAGAAUGUUUCAACCACAUUGCCUACAGUUAAAAUGAUAGUUGACGUCUCGAAGUCCUCUGCUAUUAUGACAAGUAGCAACAUUAUUAAAUUACUCCGGACUAAGGAGGCAAUAGGAGUUGUUGACUCGAGGGCGUGGCCUACCCUGCUAGACUCGGAUGAUUUGCCAAAGAAGAAAUUGACCGCUAUAUACAAGGCUCCAACUCCCGAGAUGAUUUGUUAUCUAGAUUUUAGUGUCUCAACAACUGGCAUGUUAGCUGGUGUCAAGAUGUCACAUGCUGCAGCGACAGCAUUAUGUAGAUGUAUAAAGUUGCAGUGUGAAUUCUACCCUUCUAGAGAAGCCUGCCUUUGUUUAGAUCCAUACAGUGGGCUAGGAUUUGCUCUCUGGGCGUUAUCUAGUAUAUAUUCGGGUCAUCACUCAUUGUUAGUACCCCCAUCAGAAGUAGAGGCAAACCCAGCUGUAUGGCUUUCUGCUGUCAGUAUGUACAAAGUACGAGACACAUUCUGUUCAUAUGGAGUGAUGGAUCUGUGUACUAGAGGCCUAGGUACUUCAACAGCUGCUCUUAAGGCUAAAGGAUUAAACCUAUCAUGUGUUCGUAUAUGUUGUGUGAUAGCUGAAGAGCGACCUCGUAUUCAGCUCACCUCAUCUUUCACCAAAUUGUUCGCUGAUCUAGGACUCUCGUAUCGAGCCGUCAGCACAAGUUUCGGUUGCAGAGUUAAUAUUGGCAUAUCAUUUCCGGGUGCGGCAUGUCCAGAACCUAGUACUGUGUUUGUAGAUUUGAGGGCAUUAAGGAAUGACAGAGUUACCCUGGUAGAGAAAGGUAGUCCCCAUAGUUUAUGUCUCAUGGAAUCUGGCAAGUUAUUACCAGGUGUAAAAGUCGCUAUAGCAAAUCCAGAAACUAAAGGACAGUGUGCCGAUUCUCAUCUGGGAGAGAUCUGGGUAGCUAGUCCUCACAACGCAAAUGGAUAUUUCACAAUCUACGGUGAUGAUUCACUCCAUCCUGACCACUUUGACGCGAGCCUGGCUACAGGUGAUACACAGUCAUCUUACGCUAGGACGGGGUACCUGGGUUUCGUACGAAGGACGGAGCUCACUCAAAGUGAUGGAGGACGUCAUGAUGCCUUGUUUGUGGUUGGUUCCCUGGACGAGACUGUUAUGUUGAGAGGCAUGAGGUACCAUCCUAUUGACAUAGAAACAAGUGUGUUACGCUCACAUAGAAAAAUCUGUGAAUGUGCUGUGUUUACAUGGACAAAUUUGUUAGUAGUUGUCGUGGAAUUAGACGGAAAUGAAAACGAGGCUCUAGACUUAGUUCCCUUAGUUACGAAUUCUGUACUUGAAGAACAUUACCUUAUCGUGGGAGUUGUUGUUGUUGUGGAUCCAGGAAUAAUUCCGAUCAAUUCACGUGGAGAGAAACAACGGAUGCAUCUACGAGACGGAUUUUUAGCCGAUCAACUCGACCCAAUUUAUGUCGCUUAUAAUAUGUGAGAUCAUCGGACAGGAGUGUUGACAGAAAAUUAAACGGAAAUUAUUGAGAUAGUUUUGUUAAUUGGUUAGAUAGAUAGUUAAAAAAAUGAUCAGAAACACUAAAAAUGGGAUGAAAAUCGUUAUAUAGUGCUGAAUGUAUAAUGACAAACAACUUUUAUUGUUAUUGCUGAAGUCAAGAAAAUGCUGAUUAUGAUAAACAAAUUUAUUAUGUACUCUAAGGUUAGGGAUUUAAUAGAUUUAUUUAGUCAAUGAUUAAUUAAUCUGUUAAAGAUUUAUAGGAGUUACAUUUUAGUUCAUUUCAUGAACACUUUUUCAUGAUUGAUAAUUUCAUUUCCAUGAAUGAAAUUAUGAAUGGUCAUUUCAUUCAAUGGUUGAAAACUUCUUUUCCAUGAAAGCUAUUGCCAUUUCCUUGCUUGCAACUUCUUUUCCAUGAUUAAUUAUUUCUUUUCCAUGGCUGAAAAUGUCUUUUCUAUGAAAGAUAUUGCCAUUACCAUUCCUAAUCAUUUCUUUUCCAUGAAUGGUUAAUUUCUUUU